CAAUUUCCAUUUCAAGUCUCUCAAGACUCAACCAUUUCUUCUUCAUCUAACCUAACCCUAAUUAUUUGCUCAACCUCAAAGGACAUGAGAGGCUUUUCUUCUCUGAGCAAUCUAGCUACUAAAAAGCCAUACAAUCACAUCAAAUUCCAGAGAAAGACUCCACCUUUAACGCCAACUUCUUCAAUUGAUCACCAAUACAUAGCUCAACUUCUUUCGAGUAAAGACUGGUUUUUUUUACUCAACCACGAGUUUUCAAAACCCCAAUUGAACUCUCAAUUUGUUGUAAGCAUCAUUCAUAAUCAACAAAACCCAUCAAAUUCAUUCAAAUUCUAUUCGUGGGUUUCCAAUAUUAACCCCUCAUUGUCAAAGAAUCCCUCAGUUUUGGGGGUUUUAGCUAAAACCCUAUAUAGAAAAGGGCCUCUUGUAUUGUCAGUUGAGUUGGUUAAUGACAUUAGAAAAUCUGGGUUUCAAGUAUCUGAGGAGUUGAUUUGUGUGUUAAUUGGUAGUUGGGGAAGAUUGGGUCUUUCAAAAUAUUGUCUUGAAGUUUUUAGUCAAUUAUCAUUCUUGGAUCUUAAUCCAAACACAAGGUUGUAUAAUGCUGUUAUAGAUGCAUUAGUGAAGUCAAAUUCACUUGAUUUAGCUUAUUUGAAGUUUCAGCAAAUGUCAGAAGAGAACAAUUGUAGUCCAGAUAGGUUUACUUAUAAUAUUCUUAUUCAUGGUGUUUGUAAGAUUGGUGUAGUUGAUGAGGCUCUUAGGUUAGUUAAACAAAUGGAAAGUGUUGGAUUUCAUCCUAAUGUGUUCACUUACACAAUGUUAGUUGAUGGGUUUUGUAAUUCAAACAGAGUGGAUGAGGCUUUUCAGGUAUUGGAGACUAUGAAGAAGAGGAAUGUGAGCCCAAAUGAAGCUACUAUAAGGUCAUUUGUUCAUGGGGUUUUUCGAUCUUUGGUACCCGGUAAGGCAUUUGAGUUACUUUUUGGUUAUGUGAAGAAUGGUAACUUUUUUUCAAAGUUAGCUUGUGAUACUAUAUUAUAUUGUCUUACAAGUAAUUCUAUGGUGAAAGAAACUGCUCAAUUUUUAAGAGAGAUUAGAUUGAAAGGCUAUUUGCCAGAUAGUUCAACUUUUAAUAUGGCAAUGGUUUGUUUGAUAAAAGAAGAUUUUGAUCUUAAUGAUAGUUGUGAAAUAUUUGAAAGUUUUGUAGAUGAUGGUGUUAAGCCAGGAUUUAAUACUUAUCUAGCUUUGGUUGAAGCUAUGUAUAGAUUAGGAAGAUUUGAGAAGGGAAAUGAGUUUGUAGAAUCGAUGUUUAAGGAUGAACUUGUAUCGAAUAUUUAUUCGUAUAACAUGGUAAUUGAUUGCUUUUGUAAGGCCCAAAUGAUGGUAAAGGCAUUAGAGACUUUCCAAGAUAUGAAGCUUAGAGGUAUUGCUCCUAAUUUGGUUACUUUUAACACACUCAUUACCGGGUAUUGUAAAGUUGGAGACUUAAGGUUAGCUCGAGAACAUUUGGUUAUGCUUUUGGAGCUCGGGUUUAAACCAGAUAUCUUUACAUUUACUUCAAUAAUUGAUGGCCUUUGUGGAGUAAACCAGAUAGAGAGUGCUUUUGAUUGUUUGCUCGAAAUGAUUGAGUGGGGUGUUGCUCCAAAUUCUGUUACAUACAACGUUUUGAUCCGCUCCUUAUGUGUUAUUGGAGAUACCGAAAGAUCAUUAAGACUUAUGAAAAAGAUGAAAGCUGAUGGUAUAAGACCAGAUUCUUUCUCCUUCGAUGCAGUUAUUCAAUGUCUUUGUAGGGUUGGUAAGAUUGUGAAAGCUAAGAAUCUCUUUCGUUCGAUGUUGGAAAUGGGAGUAAUUCCUGGGAUUGCUGUUUACAGUGGUUUUAUUCAUGCAUUAUGUAAAGCUGGAAAAUUUGAUGAAGCCAAGGAAAUAUUUGUUUCUAUGGAAGUAAAUGGUUGUAUUCCUGAUUCUUAUACUUGCAACUUCAUUUUGGACUCCCUUGUCCAGCACCGCCAAUUUGAUGAUGCGCUUAGUAUAAUUAAGAGUUUUAGUCGAAGAGCGCAAUUCAUGUACUAGAUUCUCAAGGUUCACUUUGCUGCAACUAAGGAAGGAAGCUUUGUCGUUGUACUUUGCCAAGUGCGGUGCCAUUGACAAUGUGAUAAUAUCGAUCGAUCGAGUAACUGCUAAACCAAAAGGGUAAUGUUUUUUUCUAUUAUAUAAUACCGUCUAUGUAAGAAUAACUGGUUUUGGAACAGCAUAUAAGGCUCUUCAUUCCUUUCUUCAGGUCUUUUCGAGCAAGGAGUCUGUGGACAAAGCAGUGGCACUCGGUGGAACGACCUUUCUUUUGAGGACAGACAAUUCAGGUAUAUGCUUAUCUUUGGUAUCCUUUGAGCAACCUAUCAUGCUUAGUUAUGCAAAAUCAAUAGCUUAGAGUUGUAAGAUUCUUAUGUAGUUGUUCAGAAAACCAUUUCGGAAAGUCUUCAAAAGUUUUGAUGAUGUUGUUACCUAAUGGCAACACCACGGUGACUCUCCCACACCCCGCCAAACCAUAUUAUUCGAAUCAUCAUCUACAAUGGCGAAGAGAGAAUGCCAUCAGCCUCGGAUAGUUUUUCGGUUUGACCAGAGAGGAGAAUACUUAACUACACUGAUGUCAAUACGCUGCACCACUACCAAUUGGAUUAGUUUGAUUUGCCAAGUUUACCUUUUUGUAAAGAUUGAUGCAUAUGUAGAAUUAGGAUUGUUCAUAUACUACGUAAUUCUUGGUUCUAAAUCUUAACCAAUUUGGACCAAACUAUUUGAGACCUGACCAAGUGAAUUUAGUGUCAAUGGUUUGGUCAGUCUUGACCGUUUAUAAUUUUGUGGCU